UCAGAUGGGAGUUAUAAUUAAAAGCAGGACGGAUAUCCAAAAUAGGAAGGUUAGGGUAUGUGUUGGCUGGAAUCUCUGACCCGGUUUAAGUAAUCACCUGCAGUUGAAUUGAGACUCGGAUGGGAAGUAGGAAGUGCUGUACUGAAGCUUCCUGUAUAAAUAAAUGCAGCUUUCCCACAGCUACUGCAUACAAGCUGUGACGUGCUUUUAAGAUAUAAUGGCAGCAUGCUCUUAAUAGCAGGGAGGGGAUUAUUUAUCCGAGUGGCAAAAGGGGAGGGAGACAAGUCCUGUUACAGUCCUGAAAAGUGUACAACUGUCAGAUACACAGAGGAGAGGAAAAGGGUAUGCAAGAGAAAUCUGCCUCUGCCUCUGAUUGUAAGCUACAGUGGUUGUGACAGUAUGGUCCUUGGGAGCACUGAAGUGUGAGUGAAGCUAUUGAAAAGUCAAACAGCUGGGAGUGAAUGCUACUCUCCUUUCAAGGUUGAGUGGACCAUUAAUGAGCAGAUGGGCUCUGCUGGGAAGGCUUACCCUCACACCAUGACAGCUGACGAGUCAAAAGCUGGCGAGUUAGCUCUGGAGCCCCUGCUCACUUGCAAGCUGUGUCUCUGUGAAUAUUCUCUGGAUAAGAUGACCACUCUUCAAGAAUGCAGCUGCAUCUUUUGCACAUCGUGCCUAAAACAGUACAUGCAGCUGGCAAUUCAAGAAGGUUGUGGCUCUCCUAUUACCUGUCCGGACGUGGUGUGCUUGAACCAUGGGACCCUACAAGAAGCAGAGAUUGCCUGUUUGGUACCUGUUGACCAGUUUCAGUUAUACAAGAGACUGAAAUUUGAACGAGAAGUUCAUUUGGACCCUCAGAGAACGUGGUGCCCCGCUGUUGACUGCCAAGCAGUGUGCUGUAUUGAACUGAGUGACUCGGGACAGCCAGUGCCGGCUGAAUGCCAGGCUUGCCACCUGAAGUUCUGCUCAUCUUGCAAGGAGGCGUGGCACCCAGAGCACCUGUGCCAGGACAACCAGACUACUGUAGUACCAACUGAGCAGGGAUCACUUAUUGGGAUGGAGAUAGAGGCACCGAUUAAGCAGUGCCCAGUUUGUCGGAUCUACAUUGAGCGAAAUGAAGGCUGCGCUCAGAUGAUGUGCAAGAACUGCAAGCACACAUUUUGCUGGUACUGUCUGCAGAACUUGGAUAACGAUAUCUUCUUAAGACAUUAUGACAAAGGCCCCUGCAGAAACAAGCUAGGCCACUCGCGAGCUUCAGUGAUGUGGAACAGGACGCAGGUUGUGGGGAUCCUCGUUGGGUUAGGUAUCAUAGCAUUGGUGACCUCUCCCCUGCUGCUCGUGGCGUCUCCAUGCAUCAUUUGCUGCAUUUGCAAAUCUUGCCGAAGCAAAAAGAAAAAACAUAGCCCACCAACAACCUAAAACUCUGUGUCUCUUUGAGCCUUCAUCUGUACAGCAUAUGUAUGUGAGAAAGCACAACGGUUGGAUUUUGGUGCCAUACCUACCAAAUAAUAUUCCCUUUUUUUUGUUUUUUUGCCAAUUCUUGGGAUAAGUGCCUAUUCAUGACAGGCUACUCUAUCACUAACAAGUCCCUUUGUGGGAAAAGCCAAUGUAUUUGUGCAGGGCAUACGGUAUAUGUUUAUGCUUUUUAGAAAGAAAACAGGACAUCGUUCAGUAGUUCAUACUUCAAAUAUGAGCCACCUUCUGAGCCUGCUAGAAGUUUUAGAUCUUCCAUUAGCUGCACAUGAGUUGAUCCUGCAGUAUUACUCUGCCUUUGCAGACUCAGUCAUUACUGCCAUGCUUUCUUUUGGUUCUUGGUGACACUCUGAUCUGUCAGAAAGUUUUGGGUAUUUUAUAAAAGGAGAGAGAGAGAGAGAGAGAAAGGUUCUGUUGAUGUCUUCUGCCUGCUAGCUUGUGUCCUGUUAAAGGUGACAAACUGUUAAGAAAAUGUAUUUGAUAGUUUCCUGUCAGCUGUCUGCCAUGGCUUUCCUUUCACCUGAAGAACUGGAGAGUAUUCUAGAAAUUUUGAAGGGAACAUACAACCGAGAGAAGAAUUCUGGUAACUUACAGUUCAUAACUAAAUGUAUUAUAUGGAAUGGUUUGAACUGAUUUUCUAUGAAAACAUAUACGUGCACACAGGUACUGAACUAUAUUUUUAAAAAAUCCAUGGUAUAAAUAUAAUGUCACGUACAAAUACAAUACAAUGUCAUUUGCAUAGUGUUCUGUGUCACUACCAAUAGUGCAAACUGCAACACGAACUUUGUUUAAUUGCGUUAGUUAGGUGGUUUAAUUAACAGCAGUGAAAGCAUUUUCAUCUCGCUGUUGGUAGUAUCAAAAAGCUAUUGUUAUUAGAAGAAAUUUCUAACAGUAUUCUGUGCUUACAGCAUUGAAAUGAAUGGGAUUUAUACUAUUCAUCUCAAAUACAGAAGUAAAAACCAACAAAACUAUUUCUAAGAUGAGGCUUUCUUUUUGAAGACAGGGCUACCUGGGGAAAGCUGAUUUUUUUCAGAUCAAACAUGACAUGUCUUCCUUGAAAUAUUAGGUGUAUGCAUAUUGCCUUGUCCUUGAGCAUAACUUGUAUCAGUAAUGUGGGUGGAGUGAACUCACUAUGAAACUAAUAUUUUAGGAAAGACCAUGGUACAUCUCCUAUUUUAUACACCGUAUAUGAGAUCUUGUUUGUGUGCAUAUAGAGUGACUGUAUGUGUGUAGAAACAGACACAGAGUGAAUAAUGCACAAUUUAUUUUCUGUGUAGUCAGUAUAUUAUUAAGAGUUUACAUAGGGUAGCAGGAAGAACCCUGAAAAAUGUUUCUCAGAACAGGCUCAGCACCCCCCUUCUUUUAAACCCCGUGGACUUGCUGAAGUGGUCACUUAAGAAAUGCUGUGUAAAUGUAAGCUCCAUCCAUUGGUAGAUAUUUUUUCUGUCCCACUCAAGGCUAACAAUCUCUGUUGCCAAUGAUCUUUAGUUACUGAAAGGCUGUCCUUCAGUGCACCCUUCAUUUUAUUUUGGUGCCUCGCCACCGAUCCGGCUCAGACCCUGGUGUCGGUUACACCUGUGCAGAUUCAGACUAAAGCCUCAGUGAAGAGCUGGAGUUGCUCCAGGCUUACUCGGGAGUAGCUGAGAUCGGGCUCUGCCCUGUGGAGUUUAUUUCCCUAAUAGCCAGUGCUCCUUAUAACCCUGGCCCGUGGCGGCUUUUGUUCAGGACUCCUGUCUGUGCGUUUGAUGUCUGUGGGAACUGAUGCGCUAUAACCAGCUGUAAUUCCAAACCCCUUUCCAUAAGGGCUGCGAGGAGAUGUGAAAGAGAUGCUCAGCCCGAAAGUUGUCUCGGGCUAGCCACGCGCUGCUCUGCCCUCGUGGGCGCGGGCAGUGCCAGGCAGCAGGAGCAUGCUGCGGGGAACGGCUUCUCUUUUUCGUUUGGCCGAGCCUCAGGAGCUGCGCCUUCUUGGCAGCCGUAAAUGCGACCUUUCUUUGGUCAACCCCGCUCUCUGGUUACUCUACCAGAAGCGGUAAAUGUUCUUGUUUUAAGAAAGCGUGGUCUGUUGAGCAGACUGUCGAGCAGGGACAAAGGCCUUAAAUGAUAUUGUCUGUUUUACUUUUUAGUUGAUUUCUUUUGUAAAUGCUGUCCGUCUUGGUUACCAGUCAUGACUGGAGGGCAGGCAGCGCUCGCUAGUUUGAAAGGUGGUGUUUAUUCUCCAUCCGCGGCUUCGAAGGGAAGCAGAAAGCCAAUCAGUACGUUCUGAAAAUAGAGUGCAAUGCAGGCAACUGCGAUUUGUAAUAAGUAGAGAAUAUUUUCUGUAUACGUUUUGUUUAAGAGCGGUAAUAGAAGUGCUUGGGGUUACUUGUGACAGAUUAAAGUGUCCAGCCCUUGGCUUUGCACUAUUUUUCUACCUAUGGUUUUAUGGCACUACUGUCAUUUUCUGUUUAUUUAUGAAGUUGUAGUAGAGAAUCCUACUUUAAGGAAGCCUCAAGGACAAAGAUAUAGGAGCUGUACAGUCUCUUUUAACCAUAACCAGCUUUGUGAUGUACCAGUAUCCUUUGCUAGUUAAAUUUCAUGGGUUUUUCAAAUUUUGUAGUCUUACCUGUGCCCAAUACAGACUAUGCUACCUUGGUUUCUUUCUUUGUCCUCUUCCUCUUUCCUUGUCCUGUUUUUUACUAAAAUGCCUAAUGGAUUGGAGGUGUCUCAUGUUUUUUCAUUAAUACUGCUGUUACGUACAAGUGCCAAGUUCUUCCCUCCUUUAAAGAAAUGUAACUGAAGGCAGUAUCUUGCCCAGAAUACACUAAUAGACAUGA